CUCUCUCUCACACACACACAGACAGACACACAAACCCUCUCACUCGCGGCUUAUCGUUCAAAAUCCAGAAUUUUGUGCAGAAGUUGCUGUGCGCUAACAGAUAUUUUCUUGUAGAGCAUGUGGUGCACCUAAGCACCUUCUAUAACUGAUGCGUGUUUACGAGACUAGUGGAUCAAUUGAGUUGAUGAGUAUUUUAUCUUUAUUUUUAAUGACUUUUGUUUUACUUAAAUAAGCAUUUGACAAAUUUGUCAACCCUUUUACUUUAAGAAAUUUGUAGUUAUUUCAAUUGUGUGUUGUCUUUUUCUUAAUGUUUUCUUAAUGCAGGAUUAACAAUGGAAGAUUGUGAGUCAAGGAAGGAGCUCUUAAAAGAAGGGUUUUCUCAAUCUCUUGUGAAACUGACUAAGGAUAAGAAGAUUAUAAGUCGGGUAGCAUGUGUUAGUGCACCCAGUCAAAUGCCUGCAGUUUGGGAUGUCCCUACCUUUGUCCGCAAAGAAAAGAUAGAUUGUUUAUCCAUGUUACCUGGUUUUUCUCUAUACCCGGCUUGUGAAGAUCAUUAUCAGGAAAAGGAGUGGGGACUCUUCUUGGAUUACCUGCGGAAGCAUGAUAGGGUUGGUAUAUCAAAGCUGGGAUCGUGUGAAAUCUUCAUUCUUACCACUGGUGAUGAUCCAAAGUCUCGCAUUGCAACUGUUUUAUACAAAGGACAAAUCCCAAUCACGAGCCUGAGUAAAAAAUGUCAUGCCUUGGAUGUUGCUGAUUCUGAUACAUCUCCACCUGAAUUGCUGGCUGGUGAGGGUGUUUUGUCGGACUCUGACCUGAUUGAGGAUAAAAUUUCCCCUCAUCAACGACAUCUAGAAGUUAAUGGAGGAUAUUAUCGUGACUUGAAAUCUAAGGGUGGGGAUAGAGUAGGAAAUUCUGCUGGAUCCAGUAGAUCAUUGGAAAAUUAUGUGGUAGCACAUCCCAGUUAUUUGAGGACCCUUGGUCAGGCACAUUCCGGCUGGAUAUUUGGUGCAAUUGCUGAGCUGGUUGACAAUUCAAGAGAUGCCAAAGCAACUAAAUUGGAAGUGGCUAUUGGUACGGUGUACGCUAAGAAUGUUGGUAAAGAUAUACCCAUGUUGUCGCUAAUAGAUGAUGGUCAUGGAAUGAGCCAUGACGAUGUCCGAAGAAUGAUUUCAUUUGGUCAUGCACAACCUGAAGCUGAUGAUCCCCAACGUAUAGGAAGAUAUGGUGUUGGGUUUAAGACUGGGGCUAUGCGACUAGGAAAGGACGCUUUGGUUUUAACACAGACAGCUAACUCCAGAUCAAUAGCCUUUUUAUCACAGUCAUUGAAUCAGGGUAAAGAGAAUUUGGAGAUCCCCAUUGUGAGCUACCGCAGGAUUGGGCAGUUUAUGGAGGUGGAUAAAAAUGUCCAGAAUGAGGAUUCUGCAAAAUACAACUUGAAGGUUAUUAAGAAAUUUUCUCCAUUUGACAAGUACCUUAUAGGUGAAAAGGUGCCUCUGGACUUUUCUCUCAAAUCAUAUUUGGAGGUUAUCUUCUUGGAUCCACGGAUGAAAAUUUAUGUUCAAGGAGCACUGGUUAAAAGUCGGCCACUUGCUAAAUCCUUGAAUCAGACUGUCGUGCAGACUGGUAUUGUCUUGGGAAAACAACUUAAACUUACUAUUGGACGUUCUCAGUUGGAAUGGGAGCAAGCAAAUUGUGGCAUAUUCCUUUAUUGGCAUGGACGUUUGAUUGAGGAUGAUAGCAAUGGUCAUGUGUGGGUGCACAGUAAUAAGCAAGGGUUUCAGGACUGCGAAGCCUAUGCUGAGCUGGAGAAGUGGCUUGGUGAAAAAGUAGAUGAGUAUCUGGACAAAUAUGUUGACAAGAUUGAAGUGAGGAAGACUAAUUCUCUAUGCAAACCCGAUCAUGACUGGGUACAGUGUGAUAAAUGCAGAAAGUGGCGUGUGUUGGGUGGUGACUUUGACAUCAAGAAGCUACCUUUGGAGUGGUUCUGUUAUAUGAAGCCAUUCAAUGGAAGGUGUGACAUGCCAGAAGAGGACGUGAGUGGAUUGAUCACAAUAUCGACUAAGCGUCAUGGUCAAAACACUAAUGACUCGACUGAUUCCAGAGAAAGACCUGAAAAUGCAACUAGUGGGAUACAAGGUGAUGUUGAUGAUACAAGUAGUGAAUCCUCAGACGAAGAAGGUCAAUUGACCUUCAAGCGCCAACGGACCCUACUCCCAAGGAACUGUUGUUUGAUGUGCUGUGUUCAUGUCCCACUAAGUGGUUUAGCAAAGUUCUUGUGUAAAUGCUAA